AUGUCAGACUCCCAAGACAAGGGCAAAGCCCGCCAGCGGGAUGAGAAAGAGCGCGAGGGUACUGACUCGGCAGACAACAGCAAAGGCUCCACCCAAUUAGGCAAAAAAAAGAUCCCCGCAAAACUCCUGGAGACCCUUCUGUCCAUGAAUCCAGCUAUGCAGAAUGAACUCGCCUCAAUGGACAAGGAUAAGGCGACAGAAAUGCUAGCGCAGAUGGACAUCUCCCAGUUCUUCACAGGACUGUCAGUCGGGGGUAAGGGCCAAAAGGAUAUGGCGUCGUUCAAAUUCUGGCAGACACAGCCUGUACCUAGCUUCAAUGAACAGCAAGACAAGGAACUCGCCCAGGGGCCGAUCAAGAUGAUCGAUCCUGAAAAAGUGCCGAAGACUCCCCAACCACUACUCGAUGGUUUUGAGUGGUGUACUCUCGAUUUGACGAACCCAGAAGAGCUUCGAGAACUGUACCAGCUUUUGAAUAACCACUACGUUGAGGAUGACAACUCUAUGUUCCGAUUCAGCUACUCGGAGUCUUUCCUUCACUGGGCGUUAUUGUCUCCAGGCUGGAAGAAGGACUGGCAUGUCGGUAUCCGUGCCACAAGUUCGCGCAAAUUGGUUGCGUCGAUCUGCGGUGUUCCUACGGACCUUCGUGUCCGCGGUGACAAGAUCAAGGUGACUGAAAUCAAUUUCCUUUGCGUCCACAAGAAGCUUCGUUCGAAACGCCUCGCUCCCGUUUUGAUCAAGGAAAUCACCCGUCGCUGCUACAUCAACGGUAUCUACCAAGCCAUUUAUACGGGCGGUGUAAUUCUUCCAACGCCGGUCAGCUCCUGUCGGUAUUUCCACCGUUCGCUGGACUGGCUGAAGCUCUAUGAAGUCGGCUUCUCGCCACUCCCUGCAGGAUCCACCAAGGCCAAACAGGUGACCAAGAACAAACUUCCCGAUUCUACUUCGACACCCGGCUUGCGGCCAAUGGAGGUGAAAGAUGUCGAUGCGGUUUACGAUCUCCUGGAACGAUACUCGCUCCGCUAUGACCUCAACCAAGCUUUCACCCUCGAGGAAAUUGAACACUGGCUGGUUUACAAGGAGCAGCCAGGCAAGGAGCAGGUUGUUUGGGCUUAUGUGGUGGAGGAUCCGAAAACACAAAAGAUCACUGACUUCUAUUCAUUCUACAACCUCGAUUCGACUGUCAUCAAUAACCCAAAACACAGUGCUGUGCGUGCUGCUUACAUGUACUACUAUGCGACUGAGACUGCCUUCACCGACGAUCAGAAGGCGCUCAAGCAGCGGCUGUUGCUGUUGAUUAAUGAUGCACUUAUUUGUGCCAAGAAGGCCAAGCUUGACGUGUUCAAUGCUCUUACUCUUCUCGACAACCCCUUGUUCCUUGAAGAGCUUAAAUUCGGUGCCGGUGACGGUCAGCUACAUUACUACCUGUACAACUACCGCACCUCCCAUAUUCCGGGUGGAAUUGAUAGUAAAAACCGCCCGGAUGCGACUAAGAUGAAUGGCGUUGGAGUUGUUAUGCUCUAG